UUGUGGGGAAUGGAAGUGAACAGCAGCUUCAGAAGGAACUGGAGGAUGUCCUGAUGGACACACCAACCGACGAGCAUAUCGUACACGUGGAUAACACUCAACAUGAAGAAGACCUUGAUAAAUCUUCAAAUGAGACCUCUUCAGCAUCUUCUACUGUCAACCCAUCCUCUGUAGGACUGCAGAAGCAGGACCUAGUUCUGCCAGUUAAACCAGUACAGCAAGGAAUCUGCUCUGAUUUGUAUCUCAUAUCCCCAGAAUGUGGAAAUUCCUCAAGCUUGUACUCUCCGGUGCCUGACGAAGACAGUGUCGUGUUCAGUAAGCUCACCUACCUAGGUUGUGCAUCUGUGAAUGCCCCACGCAGUGAGGUGGAGGCCUUACGGAUGAUGGCUAUCCUGCGGGGGCAGUGCCAGAAUUCCUUGGACGUAACCCUUUCUGUUCCAAAUGUUUCUGAAGGAACUGUGAGACUUCUAGAUCCUCAGACAAACAGUGAGAUUGCCAAGUACCCUAUCUACAAGAUUCUGUUCUGUGUUCGUGGACAUGAUGGGACCACCGAAAGUGACUGUUUUGCUUUCACUGAGAGUCAUUACAAUGCUGAGCUAUUCAGAAUCCACGUCUUCCGCUGCGAGAUCCAAGAAGCUGUGAGUCGCAUACUGUACAGUUUUGCAACUGCUUUCCGUCGCUCGGCCAAACAGACUACUCUCUCUGUGUCCAUUCCACCACAAACCCCAGAAAGUGACGUCUUUACAUUCUCUGUGUCUUUGGAGAUCAAGGAAGAUGAUGGAAAAGGAUACUUCAGUGCGGUUCCUAAAGACAAGGAUAAACAGUGCUUCAGACUGCGUCACGGUGCCGACAAGAAGAUUGUCAUAUAUGUCCAGCAGACAUCUAACAAGGAGUUGGCAAUAGAAAGGUGUUUUGGGCUUCUCCUCAGUCCAGGACGAGAUGUUCGGAAUAGUGACAUGCACCUGUUAGAGCUGGAAUCCAUGGGUAAAAGCUCUGAUGGAAAAUCCUAUGUCAUCACCGGAAGCUGGAACACAAAGUCUCCACAUUUUCAGGCAGUGAAUGAAGAGACUCCUAAAGACAAGGUAUUGUUCAUGACGACGGCUGUAGACUUGGUCAUCACAGAAGUACAGGAGCCUGUGCGUUUCCUUUUAGAAACCAAGGUCCGAGUCUCUUCUGCCAAUGAGCGGCUCUUCUGGCCUUUCAGCAAAAGGAGCUCUACGGAAAACUUCUUUCUGAAGCUUAAGCAGACAGAAAAGAAAGAACGUAAAAAUAACUGUGACACAUUUUAUGAGGUCGUUUGCUUGGAAAGCGAGUCUGAGAGAGAGAGGCGCAAAACCACAGCCAGCCCAUCAGUGCGCAUGACACAGUGUGGACCCCAAGGAGCAAACAUCCCCUCGCCACCUGAAGAUGAUGAGGAAGAAGAUAACGACGAGCCUCUGCUGAGCGGUUCUGGGGAUGUAUCCAAGGAAUGCGCAGAGAAAAUCCUGGAGACUUGGGGCGACCUUCUUUCCAAAUGGCACCUGAAUCUCAGUGUGCGACCGAAACCCCUGUCUGCUUUGGUGAGGAGCGGCGUACCAGAGGCCCUUAGGGGUGAAGUAUGGCAGCUUCUUGCAGGGUGUCACAACAAUGAUUAUCUGGUGGAGAAAUACCGGCUGCUUAUAACUAAGGAGUCUCCACAGGACAGUGCCAUCACUCGGGAUAUUAACCGGACUUUUCCUGCACAUGACUACUUCAAGGACACCGGGGGAGAUGGGCAGGACUCAUUGUACAAGAUCUGCAAGGCCUAUUCCGUGUAUGAUGAAGAGAUUGGCUAUUGCCAGGGCCAGUCGUUUCUCGCUGCUGUCCUCCUGCUACAUAUGCCUGAAGAACAGGCUUUCAGUGUCCUGGUCAAAAUCAUGUUCGAUUAUGGACUUCGGGAACUUUUCAAACAGAAUUUUGAAGACCUGCACUGCAAGUUUUACCAGCUGGAGCGUCUGAUGCAGGAGUGGAUUCCUGAAUUGUACAAUCACUUCCUGGAGAUCAGCCUGGAAGCCCAUAUGUACGCAUCCCAGUGGUUCCUCACCCUCUUCACCGCCAAAUUCCCUCUCUACAUGGUUUUCCAUAUUAUCGACUUGCUGCUGUGCGAGGGUAUCAGCGUCAUUUUCAAUGUGGCUCUUGCACUGUUAAAAACAUCUAAGGAUGACCUCCUCCUUACUGAUUUUGAGGGAGCCUUGAAAUUCUUCCGGGUUCAGCUUCCAAAACGCUAUCGCUCUGAGGAUAAUGCCAAGCGGCUCAUGGAGCUGGCCUGCAGCCUAAAGAUAAGCCAGAAAAAAUUAAAGAAAUACGAGAGGGAGUAUCACAUGAUGAGAGAGCAGCAGGCCCAGCAGGAGGAUCCUGUGGAACGCUUCGAGCGUGAAAACAGGAGGCUUCAGGAAGCAAACAUGAGGCUGGAACAAGAAAACGAUGACCUAGCGCACGAGCUGGUUACCAGCAAGAUCGCACUGCGCAAGGAUCUAGAUAACGCUGAGGAGAAGGCAGAUGCUCUGAACAAGGAAUUGUUGAUGACCAAACAGAAACUGAUUGACGCUGAGGAGGAGAAGAGACGACUUGAGGAAGAAUCCACUCAGCUGAAGGAAAUGUGUCGUCGAGAACUUGAUAAAGCAGAGUCUGAAAUAAAAAAAAACAGCUCAAUCAUUGGAGAUUACAAACAGAUAUGUUCUCAGCUAAGUGAUCGGCUUGAAAAGCAACAGUCAUCUAAUAAAGCAGAAAUUGAGAAAAUCCGGCAAAAGGUAGAUGGGUGUCAGCACUGCCGAGAGUUUUUUAACAAGGAGGGUCACAUCAAGAUCAUUAGUGCAGUGAAAGAUAAUGCUACCGAGGAAGACACAGACGAGGAGAAGGAAACACUGAAAAACCAACUGAGGGAGAUGGAAUUAGAGCUGGCCCAAACUAAACUGCAGCUGGUGGAAGCAGAGUGUAAAAUACAGGACCUGGAGCAUCAUUUGGGCCUUGCCCUGAAUGAAGUCCAAGCAGCAAAGAAAACCUGGUUCAACAGGACCAUCAGUACCAUAAAAACGGCUACUGGGGUCCAAGGAAAAGAGACCUUGUAACCCUGCAGCACUUGUGAAAAAAUCACAACUUUCUUAAAACAUGACACCUUCCGUUGCCUUUUUGGCCAGAUAUUUUGGUUUGCCUACAUUAAAGAGGACCAGGAUCACAGCCCGUCUGUCACACACAACUCUUAAGAUCUGUGGCCCCCUCUCAGGAGUACAGAGUGGACUCUGACACUAGAGCGAGUGUCCCUGGCAGUCUAUAGGAGCCACAUAGUCUGUCACCACCUUGCUCAAUACACUAACAGGGCAAGAUUGACUCAGGAGGCAGAUACACUUUUUUCCAUUUUUAAAAUUUGAAAAUCUUUCUGUGCAGUCUUCAAAUUUAAAAUCUUAAAAACCACAGGUUAUUAUUUGGAUAUUUUGUUUUUAUUCUCCGACAAUUGAAGCAUAAUAAGAUUCCACUUUGCUUUAUGUUCCAGAAGCCCCAUAGCAGAUACACAAGGCUGAGAAAGAAUUUCCGAAUACUGUAGAGUCUGCAAAAAUUCUUGGGUUUACCAUUUCUUAGUUGCUUUAUUUUAGAUUUCAGUCUGUGGCUGUACAUAUUAUUUUUACACGUGGAGGGUGCUUUUGAACACUUAUUCUUCCAGAGACGCCUUCAGAUGUUCUUGUAGGCUCCUCUUGCAGAGAAAGGGUCAAUGCAAGUGUAAUUGGCCUUCACUGACAAUAGUUGGUGUUUGAACUACUGAGAAAUAGAAGCGUUUGCAGGAACAUGCAAACAUAUCGGCUCCUACUGGGCGUGGCUUCUUGUGUAGGAUCGAGGUGUGAAAACCUUAGAAUUAGACAGAGGUACUAAAUAAUAACACACACCUAUUGCCUAGGAGAUGGAAAACUUUUUUUUAUUAAUAUCGAAAGAGGUAACCUUGAUAUUUGUGGUAUAAACUAUACUCAGUGCCACAAACUGCUUUUUAGCACUAUGUUAUUUGCUAGGUAAAUCGCAGCCCCUGCACUUGACUGUUACAGUAUAUUUCUCUCUAUUCAGGGACGGUUGAACUAAAAGAAUUGUACUAAGUACCUGCAGCUUACUCUGCUGGUGAGUGAGAGGCAGCUUAGGUGCAGAGUUUGUGGGCUGUGUGAGAUUAAGCCCGGCUCCUCCUGCACAGAAGGGAGGAACUGCUGUCAAGUUGUGAAGAUGCAGCGCUGCAUCUGUGCGCAGCACCCACCCCGCAGUCGCACACAAUAUCCGGUAGCGUGUUAGUGUACCCCUGAACACUACGCAGAGCCUCAUUUGUCUCUCACUACUCUCAUCCCACAAUUGCUUUUAUAACUUGCUGAUUCAUUAGAGAAGAAGCCGGGAGUCAAUGGGGAAUCAAUACUGCAGCACUUUCCGGUCUUAAACACAUGUAAUUCCUUGUUGCUAAACUGUUGUGUAUUUGUUAUAGGUAGAACGCUUUUAUGUUUGUUUUUUUAUUUAUACGUUUUCUGGUGAUUCGCAUUGAUUGCAGUGUACCCUGUUACACUGAGGCACUGUUUUGUAUAUAACAUUUUGGUUUAUUUUGUAUUUCCGAUCCUCAUUGUUUCUGUACUAAUGCUAGCUCCUGUAAAAAAACUUACUUUAAAAUAUUACCAACUGCUACAAAAACUCUCUCCGAUCUAUUGUUUAAUACCAAAACGACUGUCCUUUCUUCAGGAGUGUGUGUAAGCCCAGAUCAUUCAAAUAUAUAAACUGCUAUCAA